AUGGACGUGGACCCAGAGAACAACGCGCAGACUGGCACCAACUUGAAUAGUACCGACUACCAGGACGCAAAUCAGCACAAUAUUGUCGCAAGUGGAGACCACGGUGGAGUAAAUUCAGUCAAGAGUGUCAGGAGCAAGAAGAUUGCAACGGACAAGAGGACGACCACGCCAUAUAUGACCAAAUAUGAGCGCGCAAGGGUACUGGGCACGAGAGCUUUGCAGAUCAGCAUGGGCGCCCCAGUACUUGUCGACGUUGAAUCCGAAACAGACCCUCUGCAGAUUGCGCUCAAGGAACUGCGCGAAAAGAAGAUCCCGCUGGUGGUGCGCCGAUAUUUACCAGAUGGCUACUACGAGGACUGGACCUGUGAGGAGUUGCUAUAA